AUGUGCCUCAGCGGGAAAGAGGUUGGGCGGUGGAGAGAUAUUGAGCUGGCUGGGCUGGUAAAGUUAGAGCAGACGUCGCGGAUCGUGGUGCACAGCACUCUAGAAUUGUCAAAGUGUAGCUGUGCAAAGUGCACCGGGCUACGGCCAAGCUUCUAUUUCUUCUCUUCCAUUGCGUACUUGCAUAAAUACGUCAGGUUGCAUAGGUUCGAGCUCGGGCCAAUCGGGAGCUUGUAUUUCCCCGUAUCCGUAGGCCUGGACCCUUCGUGCCUUCCACAUUUGCUUGAAGGUUCCCGUCGCGGCGUCGCCCUUUGUCACUCCUAUCGGCCGAGGGACAGACUGAUAACGAAUGACCCCACCGUCAUUCUUUUCUGCUGCCUCUUUUUGCCCCGCGAUUGUAACGGCCAAAGAGUCAUCAUUUCAUUGUCUGUCCGAACGCCACCAGUCGCACUUCUCGCGGGUUCCGCGACCGUCUCCAGUUUAUUUCCAAUCAUCACCAUCACGCACUCGCCAACACCACCAAAUCUUUGCGACUUUCGCCACCAGUCGUCUCUCCGCGUUCAAAUACCCAUCUCCCAUCAUGCAAUACGCGCCUUCCAACCAGUAGUAGCCAUGGACGACGAUAGCGACGACCCGCGCCAGGAUGAGCUCAGUUCUCUGCAGGCAAUCUUCCCCGAAAUCGAGCUCGACGAUCACCGGCCCUUUUGCUUCACUAUCGAGCUGCCCGUUCAUCCCGCGAAACCCGUAACGGUCACCUUCCCGGCCGCAUCCAAUGCCGACGAUACAGUCGCCGCCCAGGUACCCGGCGUCGAACCCCGAGUCGACUCCCAUGAGCUCUCGCACCUUCCCGCCGUCGUGAUUCGCAUGGGCUUGCCCAAGGGCUACCCCUCCGACAAGCCCCCGAGUGUCAGCAUCAGUACAUCGCCGCCGUGGCUGUCCGAAGAUGUGACCAAAAAGCUGGAAAAUGACGGACCGAGAUUAUGGGAGGAGAUGGGUCGCGACAUGAUUGUCUUUUCCUACAUUGACCAGAUCCAGCAAGCGGCUGACGAUGUGUUUGGCAUGGUUGACGGAGCUGGCGCGUUGGAGAUCGACCCGUUGCACAAGAUUGCCAUUCUGGACUACGACAUUGAGGCUACUCGGGCGGCAUUCGAGAAGGAGACCUUUGAUUGCGGUGUUUGUCUGGAUCCCAAGAAGGGCUCAAUGUGCCACAAGAUGCUCGAUUGCGGCCAUAUCUUCUGUACUCAGUGCUUGCAGGAUUUCUACAGUAAUGCUAUUACGGAAGGAGACUUAGCGACUGUCCGCUGCCUCGCCCCCAAUUGUUCCAAAGAGCGCGCCGAAGCGGCGCGAGGAUCGGGCAAGGGAAAGAAGAGGAAGGUCAAAACCUCGAUCAGUCCUAGUGAACUGCUUCAGAUGGGGCUACCCCAUGACAUGGUGACUCGCUACGUGACGCUCAAGUACAAGAACGAACUCGAAUCCGACAAGAAUACGAUCUACUGCCCCCGAUCUUGGUGCCAGGGUGCGGCCAGGUCCAAAAAGCACAGGAAGCCCGAGGGACUUGAGACGAUCGACGAGAGUUCGGAUGAAGAGACCGAUGACGAGACCGACGCUGACGGAGAAGACGGCGCGGGCGAAAAGAAGAAAAAGGCGAAGAAGAACUUCCAGGCUGAAGAUCUGAUAGCCAUCUGCGAAGACUGUGGGUUCGCUUUCUGCAGCCGCUGCUACCAGUCAUGGCAUGGCGAGUUCAUCAGAUGUACGCCCAAGCGUGACAAGGGCGAAAUCUCUGAAGAGGAACAGGCCUCAAUCGAUUACAUCAACCUGCAUACGACGCCUUGCCCUACGUGUGGCGUCCCGGCGCAGAAGACUCACGGCUGCAAUCACAUGAUCUGCUUCCGCUGCGCCUCCCACUUUUGCUAUCUAUGUUCGGCCUGGCUCGACCCGAGAAAUCCGUAUGCCCAUUUCAAUGAACAGCCUAACGGCAAGAUCACUUCUUGCUACAUGCGCUUGUGGGAGCUCGAAGGCGGCGACGGCGACAAUGUCGACAUUGGCUUCGCUGGUGGACAUCAGAUCGAGCGGCUUUUGGAGAUCCCGCCUCCCGCACCUCCAGCUCCGGUGAUUGACCUUGUUCCCGAGAUCGAAGAGCCGGACGACAGCGACUCAGAUACAGAGGCGAACGAUGCGGAUAGGCCAGCACGUCCUGCGGCGGGUGGUGUUGCUCGAGAGGGGCCGCUUGUUUUACGUAUCGAGGCCAAUCCAGCUCCGAGAGGAGGUCGAGGAGGAGCAGGAAUCGGAGCAGCACUUCAUGGUCCCAUCCCGCCAGCCGCUCCACAGGCACCUCCCAAUCCUGCGAGAAGAGGAUUUCCAGCAGCUCAAGGUGGCCGUGGCGGCCGUGGAGGUCGGGGCGGCCGUGGUAAUCACAGAGGCGGACCUGGGCAGAACCAGCAGCCGGAGGCUCGACGGGGGGCGCCUCCCCGUCGGCAUGAAGACUUUGAUCCCGAUAUGGUCGAGGGUUUGGGUGACGGCGAGCUCGAUGCAGCGCAGCAGGCUUGGAUCAGAAACUUUGUUCAAAUGGCGUUGGCAGACCAGGAAGGGGAUAGCGACGACGACUGA